GGGUUAACUACUCUAGGUAUCCAUAUUAUGCUCAGGAGUUUUGUCCAACCCCAAAGUUCAAAGACUCAGACAAUGAACUAUGUGGGCCAGAUUGCUGAAACUGUGUUUGGCACGGUGAAGGAGCUGUACAGGGGUCUGAAUCCAGCCACCCUCACGGGCUGCAUUGAUGUCAUUGUGGUAAGGCAACCAGAUGGCUCCUUAUGUUGCUCACCUUUCCACGUGCGCUUUGGGAAGCUGCGAGUUCUGCAUUCCAGUGAAAAAGUGGUUGACAUAGAAAUCAAUGGAGAGCCAGUCAAUCUUCAUAUGAAGCUGGGUGAUAAUGGUGAAGCCUUUUUUGUCCAGGAAUCAGAAGAACAAAAGGAGAGAAUCCCAAGCUUCUUGUGUACAUCUCCCAUCCCCUCUGAGAAAAGCAUAGAUGCUGUGGCCAAAUCUGCCAAGUUAUAUGGCAACUCUGAUGGCUUGAGCUCAGAUACAGCUGCUCGUAAGAAAAGACGGCGCAAGAAGAAGCCAAAGAAAAGAGGAUCAUCUGCAGAUUCAACAUCGGAAGAAGAAGGGACUGAGAGUGAGAAAUCUCUGGAGGAGAAGCGAAAAUUGUUGAUUUCCAAUAACACACUGUACUACUCCUUUGGAGAUGUCCAAAAAGAAGAAGAUGGGACUCUACAACUUCAAGAAGCACAUCCGUACUCUGAUGGAGAGCUAGCUCCCCUGCAGAGCCUUUCUCCAAGUUGUUCAUCUGCUCCAAAAAGCGACUCUGAAUUGGAGAUCAGAAAUCCUGAACUACCUCUUGGAUCUGAAUCCCAACUACAAUGGUCCUGGGGAAGACUGCCAGAGAUGAGCAAAUCAGACCGGGUAGAAGCAAUCAAACCUGUCUCAAAUGUUUCUGCAACAGCAGCCAAUGAACCAACUACUGUUACCCCUAUGGACAAGACAACUCACUUUGUGGCUAUUACAGCUGGCUUAGAAAGUGACCUGGGAACAGCUGAUUCUGAUAAUACAGCAUCUUCUCCCAUAAUUAAGCCAACCCCGGUUUUUCCUUCUGGAAAUGGACUUCUGGGAGAUGAAGACCCCUGUCCUUCCAUUUGCAUGGCUGGAAAUCAAGUGGAUACUGAUCACGGACUUCCAGGAGAUAUACAAGUAACAGCAGCAAUUGUAGAAGAUGACAGAUCAAAUUCUAUCAAGGAGACCGAUGUGCAGACUACAUAUCCAGAUUUGGAAGUGGCUUCUUUGAAGAAACCUUUGUCAAACAUAGAACCCUGCAGUGAUUCAGAGGUGAACCUGGAGAAGAGAAGGAGUUCCAUAAAGAAAAACCCUCAUCUGGGACCUAGUGAUAUUUAUUUAGACGAUCUUUCAAACUUGGAUGCGGAGCAAUUAGCACUUUAUUUCCCCAAGAGUGAUGCUGAACUGAAUUGGCCACGAGCACAAUCUGACCCUGGAAUCUGCUCUCAUUCCCAUGUACUGGGUGAUACAAUUGCUGACAGCAAUGCAGACAUUCUGCUGGAACCCAUAGAACAUAGCCCCAUUCACUUGUCUCUCUGUGGAGGUCUUGGGGAUGAUGGAGAAUUAACUCAUGCAGAGAAGUUUAUGAAGCAUAUAGUGUCCUAUCAGGAGUUUGCAGAGAACCCAGCAAUUCUUGAAGACCCAAAUUUGGUAAUACAGAUCCAAAAGAAAUACUACAAUUGGGCAGUUGCAGCUCCUAUGGUUCUCUCACUACAGGCAUUCCAAAAGAAUCUCCCCAAAAAUACUGUUGAUAGAUUAAUGAAAGAGAAGAUGCCCAAGAAAGUUGGAAGAUGGUGGUUUUCUUGGAGGCGAAAAGAGCAUGAAAUCAGUGUCAGGAAGUCCAACAAAGUAGGCAAUAAUCAGGAGGACACUUCUCUUCAGAUGAUACAAAACGAUUCCUCCAGUGAUGAUGAUGAUGAUGUAUCAUCCCAUCAAGGAGACAGAUCCAUGCCAGAUGUUAUCACACAGAAAUUUCUUCCAACCUACAAGAAGUCCUUAAGACUCUCCUCUGAUCAAAUUAAAAAGCUGAACCUGAAGGAUGGCCCCAAUGAGGUUGUGUUUAGUGUGACCACUCAGUACCAGGGCACAUGUCGUUGUGAAGCUACCAUUUAUUUAUGGAAUUGGUAUGACAAGGUGGUGAUCUCUGACAUUGAUGGCACCAUCACCAGGUCUGAUGCCCUAGGGCAUAUCUUGCCACAUCUUGGGAAAGAUUGGACUCACCAAGGCAUCGCUAAGCUCUUCCAUAAAAUCCAUCUGUAUGUAUUAGUAGUCCAGAGAUAUGAAGAUAAUGUUAUAGUUCAUAUACAACAACAGCUCUAUUAACUUGCUGAUUCUUUUAAAAUAUUAGAUCCUAAUUCCUUCUUCCAAAGCAGGUCAAGCUAGCUCUCUUUUUGUUACUCAUAUGCCAGCAAGCAGAAUGUUUUUAGAUAGGCUGUAAUAUAAGCUGACUGCUGAUGAUUUGUGAUGCAUAUUUCAUGAAAUAUUGUUUUCUUUUGUUGUUUUUGAAAGUUUGUUAUUUAAAGUUAAAAUAAUCUUCUUGAAUACUAGCCAUUGAAAAUCCUGCAUCUGCCUACCUUAAUCAAUUAUGUACUCUUAAGUCAGAGUUUCCCAACCUUUCUGGUUUUGCACACCGGAGGGGAUUCUUCCGUGCAAGCAGCCAGCAAGUAAGUGCAUGCAACUCCAUUUGGGCAAGCGGCAUGCACAUGUGCCCGCUCCUCACCCAAAUGCAGCCUGCGUGCACAUGCUCACCCACUGCUCAUGGGCAUGUGUGUGCUUGCUCACCCGCUGUUCCCAUGGCCCGGUUGCAAAUAGUUCACAGUCCACUACUGGACCGCUGCCCAGCAUUUGGGGAACCCUGCUCUAAGUCACUGGAAGGCCUUAUAUUCCUUUCUUAAGGAUGCAAUGUACUAAAAUUGUUACCAUGUUAAUUUUUUGUAGCAAAUACGGAGAAAUGGCUAUUUCUGCCAAUAACUUGGGGUUGUCCUUGAUGCUCUCUGAGCUUGGUUGUUUGCGUGCAGAUGCUUUAUCACACAAUUUGGUAACAUCAUCAGUGCCAGCAUCAUCAGUUAUCAUCAGCUCUGAUAAUGUUAACUGGUCAAGUAAUUAAAAUUUUGCAAGCAAACAACCAAGCUCAGAGAGCACCAAAGACUCCAUGGUUGUUUCUUAUUUAAGAUUCUCAAAGAAUUGAAAUCCUUGAGAUUCUCUGCUAACACAACUGCCUAGGAACAUGUCAAGUGUAAAAUGAUACCUAUUUUAGACAAUGCUUCUAGCUCAUAGGAAAUUAUUUCUAUCUCAUUCUGGCUUCCUAAGAUAUGAUUUGAUAUUUUUGAUGUUCUUCUCCCCUGUCCUAAUCUCCUUCUUGAACUUCAUAAUAAAGAUCUCUAUGUUAAUUUUUGUAUUAGUGUUUUCAAACAAAGGCUAGUCUACCUCUUAUUGGGAAUUUUACAUGAGCUAGAAGUUACCUAUUCUAUACUAAGUCAUUGGUAGUUCCAGAUUCUCAAUACUGAUGAUUUCUUAGGUGAAUGGGAAUUAGUCAUGGGAAGUACAUUUUUGUCUUUAUGCAGAAUUAAAAUAUGUGCAAAGCAAAUUAACAAGGAAAAAUGUAAUGAACUGACAUUCAACUAAAAUAUAAAAUUGCUAUAUAGAAAAAGGAAUAAGCAUCAUAAGAAACUUAUAGUACGAAUAAAGAUAGGAUGGUCAAUAUUUGGCCUAAGCUAUUAAAACUGCAUUCCAUAACAACAUUUGUUGCUAUUCAGUUAUUUAGGAAACAUUGUCCUGAAGAUAUUGCUUUUGGUAUCAACUACCUGAUUAACCUAACCUAGACUGCAACAUUUUGCUGAUUUGAGCAAAUCCCCACAAAAUCAAAUAGGGUUGGACCUGGUUAGUACUUGGCUGGGAGGUCACCAGGAAAUACCAACCCUUCAACUGUGACAUUGAAAAAAAAAAGCAAAAUAAUUAUGACAAACCAUUUCUAUAUAGCCCCAAACUAUAUGUCCAAAGAUUCUCCAGGAGUUGAGUUUAACCUGAAGGAGUCUUUGCCUGUAUAAAUGUGACAUAGAAUAUUGUCUUCAUAGUAAUUCUUUCACUUAUUCCUUAUUACUUUAUUAACCUAUAGUGACACUGAGGUGUGAAACCAUAUUUGAUUGGCAACACUAUAUCUAUUAUAUGAUCCCAGAUUUGUUGGGAUUUUGCAGGGGAUAAGCGACAGUGGCCUAAUGCUGAACAGAAAAGAACACUGAUUAGGAAAAUAAUCAUUUGAAAGAGCAAAUACAUUUGUUGUGGAGAGGUCUUUGAGAAAUGCUCUAAAUAUAUUACUUUGUUCUAUUACUUUCAAAUGUGUGUCCCUUUGACCCAGUUGUAAGAGCUGAUCGGGAACAAGAGCUGUUGUGCCAUUCCUGCUGGAGGGGGAGAUCAGAUGAGGGGGUUGUUAAGCAAAAUGGUUUCAUUCCAUUUGAUAUCGUCUCCAUUCUAGCAACGGAUACAGGUUUCUCUAUUGUUCAGCCAGAGCUAUUGGCAUGGCACACAUCACCAAAGGAUAUUUAGAAUGUGUCAAUGAUAAAGGUUGGAUGCUCCCCAAAGGACCUAUCCUGCUGGCACCUAGCAGCCUUUUCUCGG